AUGCAUAUCAGCAGUUUACAGGGCACCCUACUGCUGAUUGGCUUCUUGAGUUACUUGGUGAUGGGUGCCUUCGUCUUUGAGCUUCUGGAGGACGAUCACCACAGAUCUAGAGAACAAGCAACGUAUCACAUGAAAGAGCAGUUUUUUUUGAAUUACACCUCUCUCAGCAAAGAAGAGGUGGAGCGUUUCAUAGUGAAACUGGUAAAAGCUGUUCGGUCGGGAAUAGUUCCAAUAGGACACCUUCCUCCUGAAAAAUACAGCAGCUGGGAUUUCGCUCAUUCUUUCUUCUUCGUGGGCACUAUAUUAUCCACAAUAGGCUAUGGAAACGUCUGUCCCCAAACGGCAGAAGGUCAGAUCUUUUGUGUUGUUUUUGCUCUCCUUGGAAUCCCCUUCAAUCUCAUCUGCUUGAACUAUAUUGGCUUUUUAGUCUCAUCAACCUGUGAAAGAUGUGCAGAGAAAUUGUUUGCGAAUGAUAAGAAGAAAUCAACGAAAUACAUUUCCCUGUUCGUGGUUAUGGGAAUUCUAGUAUUUCUUGUUUUGCCAGCGUUCUUCUUUCAAAGCAUGGAGGGCUGGAAUUACAGUGAAGCUAUCUAUUAUGCAUUUAUUACACUCAGCACCAUUGGUUUUGGAGACUAUUUAAUAGGGAUGAAUCAUGACCGGACCUAUUUUGGGGGCUACAUGCUGCUCGCAGCCAUUUGGAUCAGCAUUGGUUUGGCUUGGAUAACUGUGCUGUUUGAACUGGUAUCUUUAUUCCUGGCACCUGUGGAACCGAGUGCAAGCUUACCAAAAGACAGUAGAGGGUAA